UCUAAACGUUCUGACUCAUUUGAUCAUUUGUUCCGCUACCAGCUGGGUGUCAAAGUUAUCUGAGCUGAGAUUAAGUGUUCGAAGGUCAUCAAACACUGUUGUCUCUCUGUAUUCUUUGAUUGGACAAGGAAUUGCAUCAUUCUGGUCUGGACUUUCAGAAGUUGACUGCUGAACCCGUUUCCAACAAGACAUUCAUUCGAUGGAUGGAUCAUCAGCAGAAUGCCUUAGUUUUGUCUCCUGGAAUACAUGUGGAAUAAAAAAUACCUGUAAGGAACCUCAGAAGUUCUCAAAGUUGUUGAGCAGGCUUAGUACAUUUAAGGCUGAUGUUGUCUUCCUACAAGAGACACGUGUUGGGCCAGAGUGUUCUGGCAUUGUGACAAACGUGAGGGAUUGGAAAGUCUACUUCACUGUACACAGCUCAUCAAGCAAAGGAGUUGCAAUAAUGAUAAGAAAGAGUGUGCCUUUUGAGUAUAUAUGCCACGAUGAGGAUUGUAGUGGAGGUUACAUUGUGCUCUUCUGUCAUUUGCAUGGUCAACUUUAUACACUCGUAAAUGUGUACAAACAUAAGGAUGACAGAGUUAUCUUGCCUAGACUGAAAGAGUAUUUGAGGGAAACAGCUGAGGGUAUACUGGUGGUUGGGGGUGAUUUUAACAUAGUUUUACAUCCUGGCUUGGAUCGGAAAACCUCAACUUCAAGGCAUUCAACAUGUAGAGGUGUUUUAGAAGAUUUUAUUGUUUCCCUCAAUCUCAAAGACAUCUGGUCAUACUUACACCCUACUAAGGAGGGCUUUACACGACAUCAGAAAGUGAAAGGGAAAGAUGUUUACUCAAGGUUAGACAUGUUUUUCAUGCCAGAAAACAAACUUAAACAGGUGUAUAGCAGUAAAGUUAAAAAACAUGACAUUUCUGAUCAUUAUCCUGUUGUCUUAAAACUCAAAGUUCAGCAGAAAACUAAAGUAAAAAAGAAACCAAAUGUUGCCACAAGAUUAGAAGACUGUAAAGACAUUUACAGGAGACCUGGAAAGAUUAGUGGAGCAGAAAUACUGAGUGAGAUUAAGUCAUUGACUGACUUAGAAGAACGUUGUCCUGAUACUUUGGAUUUAAAUUACUACAGAACAUAUUGCUGUCCACUUUCUGAGACCUUGAAAGAAAAAUACAACAACAUGUUAAGGGAAAAGAGGCUACUUGAACAGUUUAAUAAAUCUUUCUUGGUAGAGGACAGGCACAUCUUCAAUAUAGACUAUUUGAUAUUAUCCCAUGUUUUGGCCAAUCGCAUCGAAACAUUCAUUACCUCUUCUUUCAAGCAGAAAACAGGAGAAAAUUUUCCAAUUGUGUUCCACUUGUACCUUGAGACAGGUGAACAAGAAAUCAAGUGGUCUUUCCUGUUGGAAGCGCUCAAAAAGUUAAAGCGUAUCCCCUCUGCCCCCCCACCAGACUUGUUGAAGACCAUUCUUGACUGCAUUCUUCCUAAAGUUCGAGGUUGUAGUGAACGCAGGCGUUUGCUGCUUGGAUGUCCCCUCACUGAUGCUAUUGUCAAUUUGGCUUUAAAGCACCUAAAAGAAAACGUUUUUGAAUCUAGGUUGAAGUGUUCGGAAAUAAGACAUUUAAUUGACAAGCAUCAUGUGCCUAAGUGUAAGGAGGUCAUGUUUAUAGGCACUGUUGACCGUCAAAGACGGGUUCUUUGCAUACAUACCCAGUUAGAGGGUGAAACAGUACAUAGGAAAGUGAAUCAUUUUAAAGAACAAGUGAAAAAUUCAGGACUUAAAUAUACAGUGGAAGGGGAAAAAAGGACAUUUGGAAAAGAACUCUGAUUAAAAUUAGAGAACAGUUAUUCGUGUUAAUCUGGACCUGGUGCUAAUUUCCUUAUGGCUAAUUAUACUGUAUGACAAACUCUACUUUACUGGCAGCAUUCCUGAAUAACACUUGCAAACUCACCUUAUAUAAAAAAACAACAACAUAAAAAAACAAUAUUUGUAUGUUUAAAGUAAAAUUAUAUAUUAUGCAUGUAUAUCACUUGUGUACCGUCUAUCAAAAUAUGUUUUUAACAACUUUAUAUAAAAUGACAUUACUUUAUCAAUAGUAACUAUAAACAUAUUAGAAAUUGCCAAUGAUGACAUUUCUUUUAGUUUCUGGUGCAUGUAUUUGUUAUUUCAUCACUGGACUUCAUUGGUCUUUUUUUUUCUUGCUUUUUAACUGUAAAUAUUUGUUAAUAUUUAUAGUCUAUGGUUUUUAUCGGUACCGGGGUUAAAACUCUUGUUAAGAAAUGUGUCUAAGGCGUGAAUUCAGUAAAUAUAAGUUUUAUUUAGUACCUUAAGUUCAUGUGAGCUGAUUGUGUUUAGGUAUUGUUUCUAAAAGUUUGUAAUCUGUCAAACACAUU